CUGUCAUUCCUCCCACAACCCACGGUAACACGAAAUUAUCUAGCACUAUCCCCAAACGUCACUGGCUCAGUAGGUUCAGGCAAUAUGUAAGCGAUAGCUAUACAGGCAUGGGGAGCAGAGCCAAUCGCAACUGCUGGACUUGUAAAGAACGCAAGGUCGGCUGCGACAGGGCGCUUCCUUUUUGUCUAAACUGCACACGCUCUAAGCGCCCCUGCAAAGGGUACGGGCUAAAGCUCGCCUGGCCCGACAAGAUCGAUGGCAGAAGGAAGCAGAAAAGGUAUCAAGCUGCGCCUGAGACAUCACCACAGUCUUACGUCACUGAGAAUGGCAACUUCGCGUUCUUAAACACGACAAUUGGAGACGUCGAAGGGAGGAGGGCGAAUGUUCAAGAGUUAGUGGCCAGGGGCGAGAAUGGCGCGCAUAUCGGUCCGAGCAUUGCUCCAAGGGUGCUCGAUAUGUAUGGGAUUGGCGAAGGGGAAGGGUCGUUGCUAUCGUAUUAUGACGCGGUAGUGGCCCGCAUGGUCACCACCAUCGACGACAACACGAAUGGCUUCCGCCUCCAGCUCAUUCCUAUUGCGCUGUCUUCCUCGGAAGCGUCAUCGAAGAGCUUGCUGCAAGCAACGUUGGCGUUGUCUUCAUUCCAUCUAGGUCGGCCGGAAGCGGCGCUGAGGCAUAAGGUGAACGCUAUUAGGGCACUGACAGAGUCUUUCCGGGAAGCGAGCGCGAGCAGAGUCGCUCAGUUUGCGGCAUGUAUGAUGCUAUGCGUGUACAGUGUCUUCGAUGCUUCGGACACGACAUGGUCUCUACACCUCCAAGGCGCGAAGACUAUCACGCAAGCAUUUACGGAUGGCGAGCUAGAGUUGCCUUGCUUGGAGUUUCUAGAGCCUUGGUUAGCCUACCAUGACACGUUCGCGGCGUACACUCAUCAUGCGGAUCUGCCGUCUUCUCGGCAACAGCAACAUCACAUUGUCCUCCCUGAAAGCAGUCCAGCUAAUCAAAAGAUCAUCGGACUCUUAGGGUGUUCCACCGAAUUACUCCGUCUCAUAUCCUGCAUCAACCAACUCCACACCUUCACUACGUCCCUUCACUGCAGCGACGAAUCGCUCGGAUGCAGUGCACUUGAUAUUUCUAUCCCCAUCCGCGAACGCCUCAUGAACCUCCGUCAAGAGAUCCAGAUCCAUCCCGGCGAAACUGCGGGAGCCAUCUCCCAAAAACGCAUCGCGCUAACUGCCGAAUUCUACCGCUUAGCCGCUGUCCUGUACCUCUACCAGGUCUGCCCGUCUGAAGCAAUUCCCCCGAGCUCCAUUGAAGACUACGUAAGCAAAGGCCUCGCAGUUCUGGACCAGAUGGAAGUCUGCACCAGUCCGUGGCCGCUCUUCAUUCUCGCAUGCAAUGUGAAAGGAGAUCGAGGCAGGAUAAGGGUAAUGAGGGUGAUUGAUGAGGGUGCAAGAGAUAGAAGAAUAGGGAACUAUCACAUCAUCAAGGGCCUGGUGCAGGCUGUAUGGAAACAACAGGACUUGGCUGCGGAUGAGAAAAUCGAGAGGAAGAUCGAUUGGAGGGAUCUGAUCGAACCGGGUUCUUACAUGCCAUCUUUCAUCUGAGCGCGCAGUCCAUGGAGAAAGCAGCUACGAAACCAUGGAAAUACCUACCCCUUCAGCAAUCUUCUCUGUACUUCGACAUCUCCCUCCAUCGGUCCAGGGCCUGGCACUCACUUCAU